AAACAGUAUAGUUAUGAUCCUUUUCCUUUUUCCCUUCUUCGUAUUCCCAUCUUCCUCCACUCUCUUUCUUCUUCCCACAGCUACCUUAUGAAUUUCAGGUUCCGAGCAAUAGAUAACAAAUCGCCGGCUACCGCCGCUUCCACCUCCGAUCAACCGCUUCAAGAUGAUUCUCUAAACGAGGAACUCUGGAAACAACGAAUCAAAGAAGAGAUAACGAUGCGAGAAAUAGUGAGACGAAGAAUGUUGGAGGCAGAGAUAAGGAGAGAGCUCCUUGUGGAACGAGAACUGGCUAUUCGAAGAGCUAGGGGCCAGACGGAAGGCUUAUUAUCGUUUGACAAUCAGUUUCUCGUGAGAUUUAUGGACGAAGGAGUGAAUCGCAUUCUGGAUCCGUCAUCGUCUACAGCUUUACUGGCGGUUCCAGGUUCCAAUUCCUCGCUUAACUUAAAGGAAGAACCGAAGCCUGAAGAGGAUGAAAUGAACAAGCUAAUCACUCUGGAGAGGCCAGACCCGGGAAAAUUUGUAGGGAAGAGGAAAGCGGUGGGAGAUCAAGAAGCAGCGGCAGCAAUGGGAGGAGGGGGUGAAAGAGAUCAACGUCAAACAAUAAUUUCAACUCCUUGGAUUGGUUCAAAGAAAUUAGCAAAAGAAGAGUUUGUUUGUAGUAUGUGCAAUGUUAAGGCCACAGGUGAAAUUAGCUUCAAUGCACACAUAAAUGGCAAGAAACACAAGGCCAAAGAGGGCCGUCGCCAAGUACAACAAACAACUCAUAAGGAACCCAACCAAGGGGAAGAAGAUCUCAUAGAAAAAUUAGACCACCCAGUGAAGAACAUAGAUAAAAAUCCAGCCCUUGAGAAGAACAAGAGACUUAAAUUCCGGUGUGAAAUUUGCAACGUCGGAGUCCCUUGUAUGGCUGUUAUGGUCUCACAUAACAAUGGAAGAAAGCAUAAGGCUCGCCUUUUGAAACUUUCUCAACAAUGCAAAUCGGAGGACCAAAAGGACUAGGAUCCCCUAAUGAAGGUAACUUUCCUCUCCUUUUUAAGCUUCAAACUCAUGUUAACUUUACUAGGGAUAAAAGUCAGUUCGCUACUACGAUCAAACUAAAUUUUCUUUUGCAUUUUCCUAGAUAACAGUCGUACAUUAUGCAUACGACUCAUCAUAUAAUUAUCUCUUUUCCAGUCCUAGCAUAACAUGCUUCGGCUUUAAUGUGGGUUUUUCUAAUAAAAAACCAAUCCAAGCUAAUA